AUGGAUUCAAAUAUCAACUUAACGAUUAGUCCAAGUCUGGACUGCUUAUACUUAGCAUCUAGUUUCUCUUCAAGUAUCCAACCAAAUUUCAGAAAAAAACUAUUAGAAAAAGCUUUAAGCAAAGAAAAUCUAAAUUUAAUCCCAGAAUCCCCUGUUAAUUUACCAAUAGCCUAUUUUACCGAUAAAAGCCCAAAGCAGAUCAAUAGUGGGAAAAUUUCAUUUACUGAUACUUUUAUCAAGAAAAAGCCUACUCAAAUAGUUGGCGAAAUCGAAUCCAAGCCAAAAUUUGUACCAAUUUCUCCUGUUUUAAAUAAAAAGAAAAAACAAAUUCGUAGCCAAAAUUCUUCAUGUGCAAAAAAAACUGCAAAAAAGCUUGAUAAAAGCACAGAAUUAGUAAGGUGUGCAAGCACUGAUAUAAAAAAGAGAAAAAGUGCAUUAAAUGCUUAUAUUGAAGAAAAAAUAAAUUUUUUAUCAAAAAGCAGAUCUAUGACUCCACUUGGCAACACGAGGCUUAAUAAUGCAAUUUCUUCACUUAAUGCUAAGAAAAUAAGUGUAAGAUUUAUGCUGCAUUGAAUUAUUUGAUUAUAAAAAAAAUAUAAGGUCAUAACUUAAAUAAUCCAGAAAUAAUUAGCUGAAUAAAAGACCUAAAAUUAUUGUAUUAACAAUUUGGAAUACAUAGGAAAUGAAAAAAGUUGAAAAUACCCAAGACUGGAACGAAAUUUCUUGCUCUAUUAUUUACUUACUGUGCGAGAUUGACCCAAAUAUAAAAAUCACUACUAAAGAGCAUAUGAGAGAAGAAUUAUCAAGAUAUUUCAGAAACCCAGGCCACGUCGUGCAAGUUUUAAGAAAGCUACCUGAGCUUCUGGUAGAAAAAAAAAUAUCAAAAAGUAAAAAACAUAUAGAAAAUAUCAUUAAAGCUCAUCAGCAUUUCUUAAAAGCUGAUUUAUCCAAACUCUCAAAAAACACAAAUACUUCUGAAAUAAUCAAAUUAUUAGGCGAAAUUUUCAGCUGCUGCAGAGAUGGAGAAUACUUUGAACCAUUUAAAGCAAGCUUUAUAGAUAAUCCUAAACCCCCCCCCCCUCCGUGAGCGAACAAAACCAUUAGAAAAAUCGCCAUUUUUUGACCAAAAACCCACCCUCCGUGAGUGAACAAAAAUAUUUUUAAUAGAAAAAAUUUUAAUAGAAAAAAAUUUUGCUAUAUAAGUGAUAAUUAGUAUAAUGAAAUCUAGAGCUAAUUCUGUUUAAUUUUAAACAAAUUGCGUUUUAAAACAUAAAUUUUGCAAAUUAAAUUAGUAUUUGCUUCCCAAUUUUUGCAAAUUAGGAUUUUUUUUUUAAAUUUCGAAAAAAAAUAUUUUUUAUAAAAUUUAUAUAUAAAUUGUUUUUUAAAAAAAAAAAUUAACCCCCCUCCGUGAGUGAACAAAAUUUUUUUUGUUCGCUCACGGAGGGGGGGGGGGGAGUAAAGAAUUAUUUUUAAUGAAUUUAGAAGAGCUUUGUGCUUCUCCAAUAAAAAAUCGAGAAAUUGAAGAAAAUAGUGAAAGCACAACCACUUGUAAAAAAAUUACAAAAAAAGAAGAAAGUAGCGUUGAUAAAGAAAAAAAUAUUGACAAUAUUGCAGAGAUAACUAAAGAAGACGCUGAUAAACAGAAUUUUCUUAUAGAAAAUAUAGAUAAUGCUUCUAUAUCAGAAAUAGAAGGCGAGGAUAAACCUAUGCUUGACGACUGGUUUGAGCUUGAAGAUUUGAGCCAAGGAGAAACGACUGAUAAAAAAAGCGAAGAAGAAAUUGCCAAUAUCUCUAGUAUUGGCUUACAAAAUAUCUCCUAUGGCGAUUUCUCGUUAAAAAGUCCUUAUAUUUAUCAAGAAGGGUCUUCAUUUUCUUCACUAGAAAGAUCAGAAAAAUUCCGCUCUGUUCCUCGCUUAUCAAAUGACCCAGAAACAUCAAAAUUUUCGUUAUUAAAUAAAUUCUAUCAAAAAUCUGGGUAUGUCACCAAAGAACCUCCAGUUCUGCAUGAUAUUUUAAUGACACCUGAAGUCCCACCAGCAAUUUCGGAAAAUGAUACUCCAAAUUUUUCAGCUUUUCCAAAAGAUGAGCAAAGAAAUAUUUUGAACUCAUCCAAUAAAAAGCCAUUAAUUUCUCCAUUGCCACUUCACUGCUUAAAUUCCCCUGUAAUAAAGCCUAAAUCUACACAAACCACUCCUAGAAAAAGUGAAAACCAUUCAAAAAUAACGCAAAAGUUAACGGAGCUUAAUAGAAGAGUUGAAGAACAAAAACAAUUUCAAAUCGAAACUAGGUACAAUAAAAUGCUAGAAGAGAAAUUUCAAAUAUUUUUAGAAGGUAAACUGAGAGAAGAAAAAAAUAAAAAAAUUUCGCAAUUUCAAAAGAAACAUGUUUGGAUUUCUGAGUUCAAAAACACUAUGGAUUCUAUUAGUUUUGGGAAGCAUUCUGACAUAAAAACGGUGAGUAAAGUAAAAGAAUCUUUUAUUUCUCACCUUUCUGAUAGACUAUACAAUCGAAUUUUGGCAAAAGCUCAAAAACACAUAGAAGAAGAGCAAAACCACUAUGAUUGUGCUUUAGAACUCAAAGAAGCCCAAGCAGAAAUCAUAAAGGAAAAGCAAAAAUUGUUGAAGCUUUUAUCAAAAUAUUAUAAGUAA